UUUAUGAGGGCAUUGCACAUGGCAUUUUACCCAAUGAGGAAAAGACAAAAGUGGCCGUCAAAAUGGUCAAAAGAAUGUCAAAUGAUGAGAUAAUGCGUGCUCUGAUUUUGGAAUUGAAGAUUAUGGUUCACUUGGGCCAACAUUUGAAUUUAGUAAACUUACUUGGGGCAGUCACGACGAAUAUUACACGAUACGAUAUGAUGAUCAUUGUUGAAUACUGUCGAUAUGGUUGCCUGCAAAAUGUCCUAAUCAAAAGCCAAUCGUCAUUCGUCGAUCAGAUUGAUCGUGAGACGGAUACAAUUAUUUCGAGCACAAAUGCAACAAAACCAAACGUAGAAAACAGUGGAGUCAGCAAUGACAAUUAUCAAACAGAUUACCAAUCGGUGAUUAAUUCAUUAUACGUUGGAGACUCAAAUAAUGGGGAUCAACAAUUGAUUGUCAAUUCAUUAUAUGUUCGAUAUUCGAAUAGUGUACAUCGCUCAUCAGGUGAAGCUUCACGUAAAUGUCCAUUUCACGCAUGUUUUCAAGUAUGCUUCCAUGCUUUCCCAUUAACUUUUCAGAUGAUGUUGGCACAUCCAGCAAUCUAAUUGAUUCUGAAUCGAUACCCCAAGUUACAACGACCGAUUUACUUUGCUGGUCAUUUCAAAUUUCCCGUGGAAUGCAUUAUUUGGCAUCAUGCAAAGUGUUGCAUGGUGACUUAGCAGCAAGAAACAUUCUUUUGAGCGACAAUAACGUGAUUAAAAUCUGUGACUUCGGUUUGGCUCGAUCGUUGUACAAAACUGACGUUUACCGUAAAAAUAAAGAGGCGAUGCUCCCAUUUAAAUGGUUGGCUCUUGAAUCUAUCAAGGACCAUGUAUUCAGUACUCACACUGACGUUUGGGCUUUCGGAGUUGUGCUUUGGGAGUUAUUUUCGCUUGGAGCGACACCAUAUCCUGGCUUGUCAGGCCAAGAUUUGUACCAAAAAUUACUGGACGGUUACAGAAUGGAGAAGCCAGACUUUGCCACUCAAGACAUAUAUGACAUUAUGUUAGCAUGUUGGCGUGUCAAUUAUGAAUUGCGUCCAUCAUUCGAUGAGCUUGGGAAAAGCUUCUCUAAAUUUUUGGAUCCCAGUGUUGCAGAGCGAUUUGUGAAUUUAAACGAACCGUAUUUAAAAGCAAACGUGGAGAGGUAUGAGGGUGGGAAGACCGAUUAUAUAGCCCUAAUGGGAACACCCGAUUUUCAAGCACCAUCUGCACCAUCCGGAUCAGCGCUCGAAUUUAAUGAAAUUAUUGAAAUUCACCAGCAACCAGAUGAAUCAUCGAUAUAAUUAUAGUUACACAGAAUAUCCAAGUGGCGUUAGUCGGUGCCGGAUUUGGGCACGUGCAAGGAGUGCAUUUGCACGGUGCGGUAGAAUGUCUGGGGCGGCCAAAUUCCAAAUUGAAGAAAUAUUAAAAGAUAUAAAAGCAAAAAAAAGCAAUAAAAUACUAUAGAUAUUCAAUACUGCGAAUCACGAAAACAGUUCCGCAAUACAGUUUAAAUUCUUAUAACUAUACAAACAUAUUCAAAAUAUUUGUGCUGAUUCGAAGAACACCAAGUAAAAUAACGACACAUGAUUAUGCAUGUCAAUUUUCGGUGCUGCUAAAGUCCUGACUACAACAGCAAAACAAAAUUUGGAGCAAAUGUGCUUGGUCAAUGGAUUUUCAAAUUCAAAUUUGUGCUUUCAGCUGUUGUUUGGAACAAGAUUUUGAGCAAGAUAAAUGUUAUUUCAUAGGUACUCUAAUCAACAGCAAUGGAUUUUAAUUCGUGUUCGAGUCACUUGCAAAAACUGCAAGAAUUUUUUCAAGAAAGUCACACAAACUUCAAAGAUUCAUUAUAUUUGUUUAUAAGCCGAAACGAUUACAGUUGAAUUUGCUUACCAUUUGAUUUGUCGAUGAUGAAUGAGCGGAAAAGGGAUAGCUAUAUAGUAAACUGUAUAGUAAACUAUAGUAUAGUUAGCUACCUCUUUUCAUUUGACAUUUUUCCUCUCAACUUUUCUGUAUGACAUUUUCACUCCAAACCCCUCAUAUAAGGAUGAUUUCCAUUUUUACAUAAUUGAUGUUGCCUUAAAUUCGCUUGAUGAUCG